CGUCGUCCACCACCACAUCCGCGGCAAGAGCUGCGACGCCUCCUCCCUGGCGUCCGCUUGCAAUAGCCCAGUUUUCGCCCUACACCUUUGUGGCUUCUGUGGACACAUUAGCAACCGAUGCUUUUAGAUCCUAGUCGCCCGCCUUUGGCAAGACGGCUUAGAGGUCAUCUGGAAAGUCUUUGCCUCGAAUCGCCCCGAUUCAGAAGGCCAACUCAUUCCUUGUGCGGUGCUUUGGGACUCCGCGCCCUCCUCUGGUCCUGGUCCAGGAAGCGCUAGGGGAGGACGCAGGUGACCAGGAGAAGGAGGCGUGCGGGGAGGAGAAGGUGCCCCAGUGAUUAACUACUCAGAGAUCGAACCUGCAGACCAAGCGCAAAGUAGAAACUGAAAGUACACUGUCGGCUGAUCCUACGGAAGUUAUGGGAAAGGCAAAGCGCAGAGCCGGGCGGUGGUGUGUGCCGCCCCCCUUGGGAUGGAUGAAACAGCAGGCGCGGCGUGGGUAGGAGGAACCAGCUGCAGAGACGGCCCUAGCCGGCACGGACUCCCGGCAACUCCGCGGAAGACCAGGGUCCUGGGAGUGACUAUGGGCGGUGAGAGCUUGCUCCUGCUGCAGUUGCGGUCAUCAUGACCACGCCCGCCUCCCGCAGACCAUGUUCCAUGUUUCUUUUAGGUAUAUCUUUGGAAUUCCUCCCCUGAUCCUUGUUCUGUUGCCAGUAGCAUCAUUUGAUUGUGAUAUUGAAGGUAAAGACGGCGGAGCCUAUCAGAAUGUUCUAAUGGUCAACAUCAAUGAUUUGGACAGCAUGAUAGACUUUGAUAGCAAUUGCCUGAAUAACGAACCUAACUUUUUUAAAAAACAUUCAUGUGAUGAUAAUAAGGAAGCUUCGUUUUUAUAUCGUGCUGCUCGAAAGUUGAAGCAAUUCCUUAAAAUGAAUAUCAGUGAUGAUUUCAAUCUUCACCUAUCAACAGUUUCACAGGGCACAUUAACACUGUUGAACUGCACCAGCAAGGGUAAAGGAAGAAAACCAACUUCCCUGGGUGAAGCCCAACCCACUAAGAAUUUGGAAGAGAAUAAGUCGUUAAAGGAACAGAAAAAACAGAAUGACCUGUGUUUCCUAAAGAUACUACUACAAAAGAUAAAAACUUGUUGGAAUAAAAUUUUGAGGGGCGCUAAAGAACAUUGAAAAAUACGGAGUGGCAAUAUAAAAACUUAAGAGCUUUAUUUGUAUCCUCCAAGAAUCUAUCUGCUUAUGCAAUUUUCCAGGGUAGAAUGCCCUCUGGAAGUUACUGAAUGCAUCCUGGUAAAAACAGAUUACAGCAAUUGAGAAAUCCUUACUGUAGUACUAGAAGAUGGACAUAAACAGUGGAAACCAAACGCUGCAAUCAA